AUGCCCGCGCCUCACGGGCGGCCAAUCGCAGGCGGCGACGUGUGGCGCCAGCUGCUCUGUGUUCCUCCCUUGCAUUCACAGGAUAACGUGGAGCGGGCGGAUGCACUGCAGCUCACCGUGGAGGAGUUUGUGGAGCGUUAUGAAAAGCCGUACAAACCCGUGGUGCUGCUGAACGCCCAGGUGGGCUGGUCUGCGCAGGAGAAGUGGACUCUGGAGCGGCUGAAACGCAAGUACAGGAACCAGAAGUUCAAAUGCGGGGAGGACAAUGAUGGUUAUUCUGUGAAGAUGAAGAUGAAAUACUACAUUGAGUACAUGGAGACCACGCGUGAUGACAGCCCGCUGUACAUAUUUGACAGCAGUUAUGGAGAGCAUCCCAAGCGCAGGAAACUCCUGGAGGACUACAAAGUACCCAAGUUCUUCACUGAUGAUCUGUUUCAGUAUGCGGGGGAGAAACGAAGGCCGCCUUACAGAUGGUUUGUGAUGGGCCCACCUCGUUCUGGAACAGGAAUUCACAUCGACCCCUUGGGAACCAGCGCGUGGAACGCCUUGGUGCAGGGACACAAGCGUUGGUGCCUCUUCCCCACCAGCACUCCCAGAGAGCUGAUCAAAGUGACACGGGAGGAGGGAGGUAACCAGCAGGAUGAGGCCAUCACGUGGUUCAAUGUCAUAUACCCGAGGACGCAGCUUCCCACCUGGCCUCCUGAAUUCAAACCCCUGGAAAUCUUGCAGAAGCCAGGAGAGACUGUUUUUGUACCAGGUGGUUGGUGGCACGUAGUUCUCAACCUGGACACAACGAUUGCCAUCACACAGAACUUUGCCAGCUGUACCAACUUCCCCGUGGUGUGGCACAAGACAGUGAGAGGGAGACCCAAAUUAUCGCGGAAGUGGUACAGGAUCUUAAAGCAGGAGCAUCCUGACUUGGCAGCACUGGCUGAUUCGGUUGACCUACAGGAAUCUACUGGUAUUGCUUCUGAUAGCUCUAGUGAUUCUUCCAGCUCCUCGAGUUCCAGCUCCUCCGACUCUGAUUCAGAGUGUGACUCUGGCUCUGAGACAGAGGGGAUGAUGCAUCGGAGGAAGAAGAGGAGGACGUGCAGCAUGAUGGGUAACGGUGAUACAACUUCCCAGGACGACUGCGUGAGCAAAGAGCGCAGCUCCUCCAGGAUUAGGGAAUCUUGUGGAGGCCGCAGUUACCCCUGAGAGAUAACAGCACCCACCCAGAGGCAGCUGCCCAUCGGAGCUCCAUUAGCAGCCAGCCAGCUCUGUCCUACCCCCUUCUGCUCCUGCUCCUCACAAUCCUUUUUGGUCACUUCUCUUCAAUCCAAACAUCAGUCUUCAUUCUGUGCUGUUGAAGGUUGGCUCCUUACUAACUGAAAGGGAAAUGCCCUGACUACAUUCUCGUGCAAUGCUUCGUCCCCUCUGCGCCCCGAGUGAGUGCACUAAAAACCCAUCUGUGGGUGUGGACAUGCCAAGUAUUUAAUGGGUUGUGUAACUGGCGAGGAAGACAACGGUCAGUUUUUAAAGAACUUUUUAAAACCAGCAGGUAAACCUAGAAACCUGCCUUGCUUUGAUACUGUCUUAUGUUUACAUGUUGUCCUGUACACUUGAGGAAAGGAACACCAGCCCUUUGGCCCAGCGGGAUGGCGGCGGAGGUGGGAUGGAUGCUCCAAGCACUGAAGCCACUUCAGUGGAGUUGGCUGCCCACCUGAAGCAUCUUUUGUGCUCUUAAUCUACACACACACGUCUGAAGUGCAUCCUAUUAACCAGCCACGAUCCAUUUACCUUUGCUCUGUGCAGUGACAGAGAUGCACUAGCACCUUGCCAUUGGAAUCUCGAUGGAGCCAGAGAAUCUGGAGUUUCUUGCACAGCAAAAAACAUGGGGGGAAAAGUCAGCAUUUGCCAGUAAUGACACUCCUUUAGGUGUAGGUGUGAUGUUCAGCACUGGGCAACAACUGACAAAAUCUGACUCUUACAUAGCAACAACAGUUGCUGGGCUUUAAAUACUGAGCAGUUUUGGGGCCGGUGUGGUUCACGUGUGAAAAAGGCUUUUCUUUGAGGCUAUGGCUUCAGAAACGUAUAGAACGUACAGUGCCAAUUUUAAAGGAGUGGGAGGGGGGCAUAUGGUUGUUUGAUGCUUUAUACAAAUGAAAUGUGAUGUUUUUA